AUGGCCCGAUUCAGUCAAGACGAGCUGGUGAAUGCUUUCAACAAAUACAUGCCAAAAAGACCAAUAUACCCACCACUUGUAUACGACCAAGAGAGUUGUGACAACUCGAGUACUGAGUCGGAAGGUAGCGGUGACGAGGAGGAAGACUAUAGCAAACGAAUGACGGUUUCUAUUUAUUUCAACACUGAGAUGUCACCGGAGUGUCUCAAAGCAUGGAAUCAAGCUCCCUUCUGCAAGAUUCCAGACGUGUAUCUCUACGAUAAUAUUCAGGUGGCUCUCAGAUUGGCUCUACGAAAACUUGUCAACUUGAAAGUGAAACCAUCGAAUCCAAUUGAAUGGCUUGGAUACUGCUUGCUGAACAUCAAUGUGAGAGAAGAAAUUUUACCGACAAACGAUCACAAAAUCAAAUUGAAUUCGGAUCAACGGAAUUUCACUGUUGGUGCAACCUUUAUUCCGGAGCUACUUGCCCACGUGAAUCGUCCAUCUGUUGUUCGCCACACCCAAGGUAAAGCUGUCUCUAUCAUCGGAAAGAGAAAAUUCCCGUCUGACUGA